UUUCCUCCACAAAAAACGCACACUCACAGACAGAUACAGAUUCAGCAGAUUCCUCUUUCUCUCUCAAGAAGUUCCAAGUUUACAGGGCUCCAACGUGUGCUUUUGUUGUCCUCAAUUUCUCACCCUUUGCUUUUGUUUUUGUUUUCGUGGUUGUCACUUUUUUGAGCUGUCUAAAUAUAUAGCCAAAGCUUCAAUCUUUUUCUUGGUGUUCUUUGAAAUAUCUGCAAUUUCCUGUACUUGGGUUUGUCAGCAAAACAACCAAAUGCAAUUUAACUUGUUCAAGUUGGGAGUACUUGCUUCAUGAACCUAAGCACUAUGUUGGACUCAGUUGCUUGUUACCAUAACUCUAAGGGAUACAACAUAAUCAAACAAAAGAGCCCAAUCCGGGCUUACUCUCAUGCUAUUUCACGACUUGGUGAACAAUAUGUUCAUAUAUCUUCUUCCUAUAACCGGAAAGUAUGUCUUCCAUCAUCUGCCAACAGUUAUGGGAUUAUUCAUAGAUCUUUUGUUUCAGGAUAUAUCUUUGAGGGCACACCUUCAUUGAUUUCCUCGGUAUCUAAUUACGGAGGAUUCUGUUUUUCUAACCAUAGACUAGGCCCUUGCAAAAGAUCACGGGUGUAUGCAGCACUUGAUGUUGCCAGUGCUGUUGAUGUCAUUAAUGAUCUAGGUUUGGAUACUCUGACAUUCUUAGGUGUGACUGUCUUGGUUGUUCCGGCCUUCAAGACCAUUAAAGCUAGCCCUAUACUUGGUUUCUUCUUUGCGGGGGUUGUGCUCAAUCAGUUUGGUUUGUUUAGAAAUCUUACAGAUGUCAAAGUUUUGUCUGAGUGGGGGAUUCUUUUUUUGCUGUUUGAGAUGGGUUUAGAGCUUUCAUUUGCACGUCUAAAAGCUCUUGCAAAAUUUGCCUUUGGCAUGGGUUUGACUCAGGUUGUGUUAUCUACUCUUGCUUUCACAGCAUUUGAACUUCCACCUAAUGGGGCAAUUGGAACAAAAAUUUUGGAAUUCCUUUUUCACUCAAGGUCUGAUUUGGUCAACAUCAGAAGCAUUGAUGAGGCUGUAGUGAUUGGUGCUGCACUCUCUCUGUCUUCUUCAGCUUUUGUUCUGCAGCUUCUUGCAGAAAAAGGCGAGCUCCCAACAAGAUUUGGCUCAGCAACUCUGGGAAUACUUCUGUUACAGGACAUAGCAGUUGUCCCUCUAUUAGUCAUACUUCCGGUGCUAGAGAGCCAGAAUCUGGUAGAGGAAAGUAUUUGGCCAAUGCUUGCCAAAGAAAGUUUAAAGGCUUUAGGUGGACUGGGUCUGCUUUCUCUUGCAGGGAAGUAUCUUCUUAGGCGAGUUUUCGAGUUUGUUGCAGAAGCGAGAAGCUCAGAGGGAUUUGUUGCUCUUUGCCUAUUGACUGUUGCUGGGACUUCACUUCUCACCCAGAUGUUGGGCUUUAGUGAUACGCUUGGAGCAUUUUUGGCUGGGGCACUAUUAGCAGAAACAAAUUUCCGGACACAGAUUGAAGCUGAUAUAAGGCCAUUUAGAGGCUUACUUCUUGGGUUAUUUUUUGUCACUACAGGGACAUCAAUUGAUAUGCAGCUCCUUAUCCGAGAGUGGCCAAAUGUACUUUCACUCUUGGCAGGUUUGAUUGUCAUCAAGACUCUGAUCAUAACAGCAAUAGGUCCUCGUGUUGGACUGACUAUUCAGGAAAGUGUAAGAAUAGGAUUACUUUUAUCUCAAGGAGGCGAGUUUGGAUUUGUAGUUUUUUCUCUUGCAAACAGGCUUGGUGUGCUACCACUUGAGCUUAACAAGCUGCUCAUAAUUGUUGUUGUCUUGUCAAUGGCAUUAACUCCAUUGCUCAAUGAUGCUGGAAGAAGGGCCGCUGAAUUUAUUGGGGACAAUUUUGAUGAAGAGAUUAAAGCUGCUGAGAUGGGAAACUUUGAUGCUAGUGAACCUGUAGUGAUCCUUGGGUUUGGACAAAUGGGUCAGGUCCUUGCCAAUUUUUUGGCCACCCCAUUGGCUUCUGGAUUAGAUGGUGAUUCUGUGGGACAGGCUUAUGUUGCUUUUGAUCUUGAUGUUUCUAUAGUUAAGGCAUCUCGAAAACUUGGCUUUCCAAUUCUUUAUGGGGAUGGAUCACGUCCAGCAGUUUUGCAAUCUGCUGGUAUCUCUUCUCCAAAGGCUGUCAUGGUUAUGUACUCAGAGAAGAACAGGACAGUUGAGGCUGUUCAAAGGCUUCGACUUGCUUUUCCUGCGAUCCCAAUUUAUGCCAGAGCGCAGGACCUCAUGCAUCUUUUAGAUCUGAAGAAAGCAGGUGCAACAGAUGCUAUUUUGGAAAAUGCAGAGACAAGUUUACAGCUGGGCUCUAAACUUUUGAAGGGGCUUGGUCUUAUGUCUGAUGAUGUAAACUUUCUCAGCCAGCUUCUCCGUGACUCAAUGGAACUACAAGCUCAAGAAGCACUCAGCAAAAGUGAUGAUCGAGAAUACGAGAUCAUGAAGCCAUUACAGGUGAGAGUUGCUGACCAAAUUGGUGACCAAAUAGGUGACCAAGCACCUUUAACUUCACCUGAAGGCAAUUUCUCGGGAACGAACCAGAAGGAUGCAACUCGCCUCUUGAGGUUUCAAGAACAAGUAGAUCAAGCAAAACAUGACGGUGAGCUUCAACAGUCUGAGGAUUCAGGCAAGGGCGUUUUAUAUUGUGAACUAAAUAUAGAGAACGGAUUUCCUGGAAAAUCUAUAGAUUCUGAGGGGGAGAAAAAUAUGGUGGACCCAUCAAUCCCUUGCACAAUAACUAAAGAAGACCCAUAAAAAAGUUUCAGACUUGAAGUGCUCGAGUCUUGUCUUCUUCAAGAUUUUUGUUCCUCCCAAAGGUGUCAGAUGUUCAUGAAUUUUGUUGAGUCUAACAUUACAGAGAGUAAUACAUUACAAAUUGUUGGAGAGACUGGUGUAUUUGGAAAUAGAAAAGAGGGGCUGUCUGUAGCUAGCCUUGUAACAGAAGAAAAAAUACUCGUUUAAAUUCUUUUUAAACCACGGUACCACAUCAUGUAUACAUUGUGUAAUUUGAUAAUAAAUAAUGAGCAAUAGAAGUGUUGAUUUUUUAUUUU